AUGGACCGUCUGCAAGACUCGGAAACACAGAGACACCUCCUCCUCCUCUGUGGAUGCUCCCUGUGGACCUCCUCCUCCUCUGUGGAUGCUCCCUGUGGACCUCCUCCUCCUCUGUGGGUGCUCCCUGUGGACCUCCUCCUCCUCUGUGGGUGCUCCCUGUGGACCUCCUCCUCUGUGUGUGCUCCCUGUGGACCUCCUCCUCUGUGGGUGCUCCCUGUGGACCUCCUCCUCCUCUGUGGGUGCUCCCUGUGGACCUCCUCGUCUGUGGGUGCUCCCUGUGGACCUCCUCCUCCUCUGUGGGUGCUCCCUGUGGACCUCCUCCUCUCUGGGUGUGCUCCCUGUGGACCUCCUCCUCUGUGGGUGCUCCCUGUGGACCUCCUCCUCCUCUGUGUGUGCUCCUGUGGACCUCCUCCUCCUCUGUGUGUGUGCUCCCUGUGGACCUCCUCCUCUGUGUGUGCUCCCUGUGGACCUCCUCCUCUGUGUGUGCUCCCUGUGGACCUCCUUGUCUGUGGGUGCUCCCUGUGGACCUCCUCCUCUCUGGGUGUGCUCCCUGUGGACCUCCUCCUCUGUGGGUGCUCCCUGUGGACCUCCUCCUCCUCUGUGUGUGCUCCCUGUGGACCUCCUCCUCUGUGUGUGCUCCCUGUGGACCUCCUCCUCUGUGUGUGCUCCCUGUGGACCUCCUUGUCUGUGGGUGCUCCCUGUGGACCUCCUCCUCUGUGUGUGUGCUCCCUGUGGACCUCCUCCUCCUCUGUGGGUGCUCCCUGUGGACCUCCUCCUCUGUGGGUGCUCCCUGUGGACCUCCUCCUCUGUGGGUGCUCCCUGUGGACCUCCUCCUCCUCUGUGGGUGCUCCCUGUGGACCUCCUCCUCCUCUGUGGGUGCUCCCUGUGGACCUCCUCCUCUGUGUGUGCUCCCUGUGGACCUCCUCCUCCUCUGUGGGUGCUCCCUGUGGACCUCCUCCUCUGUGGAUGCUCCCUGUGGACCUCCUCCUCCUCUGUGUGUGCUCCCUGUGGACCUCCUCCUCUGUGGGUGCUCCCUGUGGACCUCCUCCUCCUCUGUGGGUGCUCCCUGUGGACCUCCUCCUCCUCUGUGGGUGCUCCCUGUGGACCUCCUCCUCUGUGGGUGCUCCCUGUGGACCUCCUCCUCUGUGGGUGCUCCCUGUGGACCUCCUCCUCUGUGGGUGCUCCUGUGGACCUCCUCCUCCUCUGUGGGUGCUCCCUGUGGACCUCCUCCUCCUCUGUGGGUGCUCCCUGUGGACCUCCUCCUCUGUGGGUGCUCCCUGUGGACCUCCUCCUCUGUGGGUGCUCCCUGUGGACCUCCUCCUCUGUGGGUGCUCCCUGUGGACCUCCUCCUCUGUGGGUGCUCCCUGUGGACCUCCUCCUCUGUGUGUGCUCCCUGUGGACCUCCUCCUCUGUGGGUGCUCCCUGUGGACCUCCUCCUCUGUGUGUGCUCCCUGUGGACCUCCUCCUCUGUGUGUGUGCUCCCUGUGGACCUCCUCCUCCUCUGUGGGUGCUCCCUGUGGACCUCCUCCUCUGUGUGUGCUCCCUGUGGACCUCCUCCUCCUCUGUGUGUGCUCCUGUGGACCUCCUCCUCACCUGUGUGUGCUCCCUGUGGACCUCCUCCUCCUCUGUGGGUGCUCCCUUUGGAUCUCCUUCUCCUUUGUGGAUGCUCCCUGUGGACCUCCUCCUCCUCUGUGUGUGUGCUCCCUGUGGACCUCCUCCUCCUCUGUGUGUGUGCUCCCUGUGGACCUCCUCCUCCUCUGUGUGUGUGCUCCCUGUGGACCUCCUCCUCCUCUGUGGGUGCUCCCUGUGGACCUCCUCCUCUUCUGUGUGUGCUCCCUGUGGACCUCCUCCUCUGUGGGUGCUCCCUGUGGACCUCCUCCUCCUCUGUGUGUGCUCCCUGUGGACCUCCUCCUCUGUGUGUGCUCCCUGUGGACCUCCUCCUCCUCUGUGGAUGCUCCCUGUGGACCUCCUCCUCCUCUGUGUGUGUGCUCCCUGUGGACCUCCUCCUCCUCCUCCUCCUGCUGCUCCUCCUCCUGGUGCCUUUGUAAUAAAACAAUCAUAACCAAUCAACUCGACUGGAAACCAUCAAUCCACUAA